UGGUAAAAUGGUGCCCAAAAUCAACAUGCCGCAUAAGGCCCUCUCUAUAUAUCAUCAAAAUCAGCUUAAAACACUGACGCAAGACAAAUUGUUUUAAUAAUGGCACAAAGAUAUCCAAUAACGGGAUUAAAAUCAACCUGCCCACAAGAUGCUUAAAUGUCAGCAAAUACGAGUAACAGCUUAGUAGAGAUUGUUUAUGUAAAUCAUGCCGAAAGAAAGAGCAACAAAGCAGAAAAAUCAAGCACAAAAAGCCUACACAAGCCUACAAAAAAAACGAUAAAUCUAAGUAUAUGUUAAGCAAGCAAAACCCAAAAUCCAUAGCCUAAAAACGUGGUGGUAGUUAUGUAUGUAGGUGGUAAAAUGCUUGAUUCACAUAUUCCAGCGGCGGCUAUUGCCAUAGAGGCAACGGGUGUUGUUGAAAGCCUGCAGCCCUACAACUUGGGUUUCCAUAGUGGAUUCGAGGGAAGCGGCAGCGGCGGCGACGGCGGCAGCAAUAUUCAACCCACUGCUAUUGACAGCUUUGUGGAGGAUAUGCGAAACAAUUAUUCGCAACUUAUCGGCAGGACAUCAGCGUUGGAUUUGUGCAAUCAAUCGCUGCUGCUCUACGGUGUGAACAAUUGCAGUAGUGCGAGUAAAGGCAGCAAUGUCAACAGUACAAUGUUCGACGAUGACAUUUCAUUCAUUUUACCCUGGUGGCGCCAAGUGCUGUGGUCUAUACUAUUCGGUGGGAUGGUUAUUGUGGCGACCGGGGGAAAUUUAAUUGUCGUUUGGAUUGUUAUGACAACGAAAAGAAUGCGAACCGUUACCAAUUACUUCAUAGUGAAUCUCUCCAUAGCGGAUGCCAUGGUCUCCAGUCUCAAUGUUACCUUCAAUUACAUUUACAUGCUGGACAAUGAUUGGCCUUUCGGUGAGCUCUACUGCAAAAUAUCACAAUUUGUAGCGACUUUAAGCAUAAGUGCUUCAGUGUUUACGCUAAUGGCGAUAGCCAUCGACAGAUAUGUGGCCAUAAUAAAACCAUUGCAACCGCGCAUGAGCAAACGUUGUAAUUUGGCUAUUGCAGCGUUUAUUUGGGCUGCAUCUAUUACCCUCUCGUGCCCCAUGUUGCUCUUUUUCACAACCGGCGAAGUAGAGCUGAAGGAUGGCAUAAGGAUUGUCUGUUACACCGAAUGGCCGGAUGGUCCGACGAAUCACUCGCAGCAGGAAUAUGUCUAUAAUAUCGUUUUUAUGAUACUCACGUACGUACUGCCCAUCAUUUCGAUGACAUUCACUUAUUCACGAGUGGGCUUUGAGCUUUGGGGCUCAAAAGCAAUUGGCGAACAUACACCGCGACAGGUAGAGAAUGUCAAAAGCAAGAGGAGGGUGGUCAAAAUGAUGAUGGUUGUUGUGUUGAUAUUUGCCGUUUGUUGGCUGCCUUUUCACACAUACUUCAUUGUCACUUCAUGUUAUCCGGCGCUGACAGAAACACCAUUCAUACAAGAAGUUUAUCUGGGCAUAUAUUGGCUAGCCAUGAGCAACUCCAUGUAUAAUCCGAUUAUUUACUGUUGGAUGAAUUCGAGAUUUCGUUAUGGCUUCAAAUUGUUCUUUCGCUGGUGUCCCUUCGUGCAUAUCGGCGCUGAAACCCUGAAUCGGCGUGAUAAUAUGACUUCAAGAUACUCGUGUUCCGGUUCGCCGGAUCAUAAUCGCAUCAAGCGAAAUGAUACGCAGCGCUCAUUUUUGUACACAUGCCCGAGUUCGCCGAAAAAUCGUCGCGCAGCUUCACAUUAUGGCAUUAUGCGCAAUUCCGCCACAGCAUACCAUCGAGAUCCAAUGCGACACUCUGCGCCAAUUGGCACGAACAACACCAGCGCCUAUCAUCAGCGUUUUAGUGACUGUAGCAGCAGUCACGAGCUCACAACGUUGACUUCGUUGAGCGGUGCGACGGGCAUGGGGCACUACGGGCUCGUCAUGAGAAGGGACCACAUGAAGGUGCCCAUGCGAAAUGGUACUCGUAACACCGAAGAAGUCGCCAUUGCUCCACGUCAAAUGUGGUCACCGACAGCGGAAAAAGCUAACACAGAUCCGGACACACCACCGGUGCUGUCCACAGUUGUUGGUGUUAACGUAGAUACAACAAAUGUGCGUGCCAUAUCCUGACAUUUCGAUCGCUCUUGCA